UCACACGCAUAAUUGUAAAUUAAUUAACCACUGACAUGACAGCCCUCUUCACAUCCAGUGCUUUUAUCCUUAAAAUUCUUCAUAAUUUUCUCUCUCUCUCUCCUGUGGCUGUCCCCUCUCUCUCUCUCCAGCAACUUUUAUUUUUAUUAUUUAAGCUUCUCUCUCUAGCAAAGACUGGUAUUAAGUUUGAGACCAAGGGGGGAAGAAACAUCUCUCUCCUCUCCUCUCAUCUCCCCACCUCAUCUCCUUUGUCUCCCCCGCUCCUUUGCUCCCCGGCACGGCACAUAGGAGGGAAGAAGAGGAAUAUAUAUGGAGAUGAGGCGGCCAUGGAUGCACCCUGCCGUCUGAUCAUCCGCCGCCGGUGAGCCGAGAUCGAGACAUGAGACGUGCUGCCCGGCGGACGAGGUCAGCAGCAGCAGCAGCAGAUCGACGGCGCCGCCAUGGUUCCAACCACUAGGAACCACCUGCCACAGCAGCACCAUGACCCCAGCGGCAAGAACAGCAAGCCGCACCCGUCGUCCUACUACUCCGGAUACCACAUCGCCGCCCACCUGGAGGCUGCCUCGGAGCAGCAGCAGCCGUCCAGCUUCCCUCGGCGGCUAGCCAUGGCCGACGAAGACAGCGCCGAGGGGCGCCGAGGCGAGGAGGCGGCGGCCGGCACGAGCUCGCGGAGCGGCGGAGGGGACUGCGAGGACGGCGGCAGCAAGGACUGGCUCCGGCUGGGUCUCGGUGCCGUGGCGUCCUCCUCGUCGACCACCACGUCCUCCUCCUCCGCUGGCGGCGACAACGACGGCGCCAGGGCUGCACCGAUGGAGCUGCACCUGCUCGCCGGCCGCGACGGCAAAGAAAGCGCGAGGAUGAUUAGCCGGCCGCCGCUGUUCCCGCUGCCCGUCAGGAGCUAUCACUGCCAGUACGGCCACGGCCGGUAUCGGCCCACGACGGUGGGGGCCAGCGGGUCGAUGACGCCGGCGCCGCCGUUCAUGCCGUUCGCAAGGCCGCUGAGGAGCUGCUCCGCCGAUCUCUUGAGAGUCGUCAGCCCACCGACGCCAAGAACGGAGGCCGCCGGCUUGUGGCUAACUCUUCAGGCAGCUCCCAACCAAGUUAGAGAGCCCAUUUUGCCUCAGAUACCAAAGAGCUACUUAAGAAUCAGGGAUACCAACAUGAAGGUGGAAGUGGUGCUAAGGUACUUGGCGGAGAAGCUAGGACUCUCACAAUCUCAUCAGGUGGAGCUGACAUGCCGAGGGCAUCUCCUUCCUCCCUUCUUGCAGAUGAGAUACGUGAGGGAUUGCAUCUGGCGCGGCUCGCCGGCGCCGGGCGAAGAGGAGGAGGCCGGGCCGCCACGCCGGCGCUCACCGGCCACAGCUACCACUGACCAUGUCAUGAUACUCUUUUACAGCAUAAGUGUAGGGAACCACUAGUUAGCUGAUCAACCAAACCCCUCCUCCUCUCUGUGAUUAUAAUUAAUCAAACAAGUCAUUUGAUUCAUUUUUCCUGGUACUUCCUAGUUCCUACAUGUCUCUGAUCUGCUGCUCAUCUGGCUAACCUACACUUAAUUGGUCCCAGAAUAAUUAACCAACCAAUUGGCCAUGAA